AUGCUCAUACACGGUGAGUUGGUGCCCACAUCGCUUCGGCGACUGGUUGUGCGAGCAGCUGGCACGCAAUGGCAUUUCGACCCUCAGAGUGGAGGCGAACCCUUGGCAAUCCACGAGGAGCAGGAGGAAGAGCACCAGCUGAUGCAGCCGUACAACUUCUAUGUUCGCCGGCAUUUGGUACGCCAAAGGAAGUCAAGCCAAUCUUCGGAUGCAGCUUCGCCCAAUCUGCGGGCCUCCUCGACACUGUGGACUCAAGCUCGAGUACGUUUUCAUGCGCCUGCCCAGCCAGACUGGAACAGACUGGAUGCUGUGGUGGCGGGUGGCCUGCGCAUGCCCCCAGCAUUGCCCUAUCCAGUCAAAGCAGGACCAGACGGACAACGAGCCCAGGAUCCUUGCAUAGGCUGGAUGCUACGCAGCGCACUGAAGCAGAACCUGUUCGUGCUCAAGCCUCCCAGCUCUGUGUCACAUGCUGAAAUCUUUGAGCAAGCUGUGGAGCAGCUGGAGGGAAGGUUUGAAGUCGGCAAGGACUUCUUCCUGGAGCUGCAGUCCCUCGGCAAACCCGUUCUUCCCAGCGACAUCAGGCAGCAAACUCUGCAAAACUUUUCUGCUUUCAAAGCAGACCUGGAGGAACUAUGUUUUGGAAGGAGGCAGCCUUUGUUAUCACCUCGCAGCUCAGUACAUGCAGAUGAUGAUCCCGAAGGCUUAGACAUCAGUGAGGAUCCUACUGGGGCGUCUUUCCUCGUCAGACGUGGGUGUAGCACCGUCUACAUACGGGACACAACUUUGCAGACGGCGUUCCAUGGCAGUCGUGAUUGGUUUGAGCUUUUCUACGACGAUGUGUUUGCCCCACCAAAGCUGUUCAACUUUGUCAUCCAGUGGCUUGUGUGCUCCUCCACGCACAUGGUACACUUUGUGACGUCAUUUACUCGCAUUGCAGAGAAACAUGGCUUCACGUUGAUACGGCUACCGAUAGCACAGCUUUUUCCACCACCAGCACCCUACUGGGUCUUCCGCAACUUCAGCAACGACCGCGAAACCGACUUCGACCGCUUGGCUUUCUACCCCAGGCGCAAGAUUUCGCUUCCGGAUUGCGGAGGGGACCGCACACAGCUUUUUACGAAGCUUCUGCGUGCAUGGCUUCGGAAGCCCUUGGACUUUCACUUCGUCUACGCGACGCAAGACGUGGCCUUCGAGGUUGAAGAAGUCAAGGCACCACUCCGCGAAAAGAGCCAUGAGCUGUUUCAAAGGCUGAAAGGCUGGAUUCUUUGCAACGCAGAUGGCCUGUGCUUGGUUGCUCUUCGAGAAGAGACCGCUUACUGGUACGAGAACCGUCUGCUUCUUUCUGAUGCCCGUGAUCCCGGCGUGCAUGAGGAGAAGCUCGAGAGGAUAGAGGCGCUGCGGACGAAGUUCUACGAGGUGACAGACGAAAUCCUGGCUGCUGUGGCUGCUGAAGCGCUGGCAAAAAGUGUGCCAGCAUGCUUUGACUCCCAGCGCACUCUUCCCAGUCCAUUCGAAAGCGGCUUUUCCCCGAAGUGGAGGAGCUCCAGCAACACGACCAGUCUCGUCAUCCACUUGGAAGGUGCCAUUGAUGAUCAGGAGCUGUGGCUACCGGCUGCCGUAGCCGUGCUUGCUGCAACGAGGUUCUUCGGCGAUCAGCAGAGCUCUGAGCCUCCUGUGGUGAUCAAAGAGGACUACACCCUUGCGGGCAUUUUCUCUGCGUUGGGCCUCGCUCUCUGCACUUUGCCAUACCUGGGGUUUGGACUAGGGGCACUGAUAACCUUGUUGGGCAUUCUCUUCUUUGUCCAAGCUGGCAGGGUCCGCUUCGUCUUCGACAACGAGGCGUUCGAGCUUCGAACCCUUGGCGGCUCGGAGGAGCUGGAGAAGCCAGGACAGAACAUCGUCGUUGGUGGUGAGAACCGCUGGAAGUAUUCCAGCUUUGUCAAUUGGGAGUUCUUCCCGAAGGGGCUGGUGGAGAAAGGCUUGCCGCCAAUAUUGGUUUACUUCAAGGAGACUCAGACACCGCAAAAGGAAUGGAGCACAGGCCCUGGAGCAGCUGCAAACUCUGAGGAGGCUCUAGAGAAAGGAGCUGUCCCUGGUAUGGUGCACUUCUUUCCCUGUAUUUGUGAUGCUCAGCAGAUCAAAGCUGAGUUCCAGCGAAGAGGCUGCAAGAAGCUGUAG